UCUCUCUCUCUCUCUCUCUCUAUCUCGCGCGCGCGCGCCAUUGGUCCGAGCUCUGAACGUUUCCAUGGCGAUGGCGACCCAGUUCAGCUUCACUCGCCUCUCCAGCUCUCCCGUCGCGCUCGACAGGUUCUCGGUAGCGCCUCGGAGAUCUGCUCUCUCCGUCCGUCCUCCUUCGCCGAGCUUCUCUCGUCGGAGCAGCUUCUCCGAGGCUUCCAUUUCGAGCCCGAGGAGAAGGGCCGCCGCCGACGCGGCGUCGUCCACCGCGAACGCCGUGAGGGAGGAGGUGAUCGAGGCCGAUUCCGGAGCCGCUCCCCCGGCAUCAUCUUCUAAGCUGGUCCUCGUCGUCGGAGGCUCCGGUGGCGUCGGACAGUUAGUUGUCGCGUCAUUGCUUGAAAGGAAUAUUAAAACACGCCUCUUUAUACGAGAUCUUGAUAAGGCUAAAUCUUUGUUUGGCCAACAAGAUGAAGAGAGACUACAGGUAUGGCAAGGAGACACAAGGAACCCAGAGCAUCUGGAUCCAUCCAUGUUUGAGGGAGUCACGCAUGUCAUUUGCUGCACAGGAACUACAGCCUUUCCUUCAAAGCGAUGGGAGGGAGAUAAUUCUCCAGAAAGAGUAGAUUGGGAGGGUGUGAGAAAUCUAAUCUCUGCUCUGCCUUCGUCCGUGGAGAGAGUAGUUCUUGUUUCUUCAGUGGGAGUAACUAAGUUCAACGAACUGCCUUGGAGCAUCAUGAACCUUUUUGGAGUCCUUAAGUAUAAGAGGAUGGGGGAAGACUUUCUUCGUCAAUCUGGUCUUCCAUUUACUAUACUGAGACCCGGUAGAUUGACUGAUGGGCCCUACACAUCAUACGACUUAAAUACUUUGCUCAAAGCUACAGCUGGCCAACGGCGUGCAGUUGUUGUUGGUCAAGGGGAUAAACUCUUUGGCGAGGUUAGCAGGCUUGUCGUUGCUGAAGCUUGCAUACAGUUACUGGACCUAGAAUUUGCUGAGGGUGAAAUAUACGAAAUCAACUCUGUUGAGGGACAAGGUCCAGGAAGUGAUCCUCAGAAAUGGAGAGAACUGUUCAAAUCUCCCAAAGUAUAGUGAGUCAGAUGUGACAAUCAACUUUACCUUAUCCAGUUGUAUCCUAGAGUGUACAAGAAUCCCAAAUCACGACAUACAUGCUGCCCUUACUGGUCACGUAUUGUACAUAUUACAUGUGAUCUUUGUUCUUGCAUCACUUCCCAAAAAAAUGCAUUGAUCUUUAUUGUAUUAGGAUUAUCAGCACUGAUAGAAAGAAAAGAGUUUUAUGAUUA